UGUGUGUUGUGUGCAUGCCCGUAGUAGCCCUACCGAGCUGACAGCGUCAUCCCGCGCCACAUGACAACUCGAUUUGAUCGUUUCGUCGAAGAAAUGAGGAGCACCUCUACGCGCGUAUGUGCUUAUUGGGUUGUCUGAUGUACGUGGCGCGCGAACAUGUGCGACUGCUGUUUGCGGAAUAGGUCCCUCUAUCUGUAGCGCAGCCUCUGUGACCGUGGGUGCCGUGCACCGCUACCCAGCAACCAGGAUUGUUUACCCCGUACCCCCGCGCCGUGUUUGUCCCCGCGAUACCUACGGCUCGGUGGAGCUUUCAUGUGGAUUUAUCUCAGGAUUAAUAUCAUCAUGUAUCAGUACAGCGAAUCGGCGAUGUCGGCCGGCUACCCGGGCGCCAUUGACAUGCCGACGUCGUCGGCGAUGUACGGAGAUCCGCACGGACAUCGGCAGCACCUUGGCCACGGUCAGCACCUCAACCACACGCCGCACCACUUACCUCACCAUCACCAGUAUCCGAGUCAUGCGAGCAACCACAACCCGGUGUCGCAUAGUGUUAUGGGCAGCGUGCCUGACGUCGAUAAGCGCAGCAAGGACUAUAUCUACGGGCAUCCGCUCUUCCCGCUGCUGGCGCUCAUAUUUGAGAAGUGCGAGCUGGCGACGUGCACCCCGCGGGAGCCGGGAGUCGCCGGCGGCGACGUCUGCUCGUCGGAAUCCUUCAACGAGGACAUCGCCGUCUUCGCUAAACAGAUACGACAAGAGAGACCGUAUUAUACGUCCAACCCCGAAUUGGACACCCUGAUGGUGCAAAACGAUUAGACAAGUUGCUGCGUUUUCA